GGUGGAGACUGUGGCAGCGGCAGGCGAGGAGAGGGAGGCAGGGAGGAUCUCAGCCAGGGAGGGCAGGGAAGAGCAGGACAGCGUGGAUGUAAGCGCGACUUCACCGGACUGGAUGCGUUUUGGCUCCACAUCGGGUAAACGCGAAAAAAAAAGAAAAAGAAAAAGGACAAGAUCUAAAGGAGUCAACAGAUAAAAAUCUUGGAUGUUUCUUCGAGUCUCUGGGACUGUUUCAAGUGGUGUUGUCCAGUGUGGACCGAGCUCGACGCCCUGAUUUGAGCCGCAGACACUGAGGCGGAGCGCGGCGGCGUGAGCGGACGAGACCGUGCCCAUGGCGAGCAAUAACACGGCCAGCAUCGCACAAGCCAGGAAGCUGGUGGAGCAGCUCAAGAUGGAGGCCAACAUCGACAGGAUAAAGGUGUCGAAAGCAGCGGCAGACCUGAUGUCUUACUGCGAAGCGCACGCCAAAGGGGACCCGCUGCUCUCGCCGGUUCCCGCCUCGGAGAACCCCUUCCGGGAGAAGAAGUUCUUCUGCGCCAUCUUGUAAAAAAGAAAUACAGAAAAUAAAAGGCAACGCCACCGACACCGUGCGUGGGAAAUUUGGAGAAUGAAAGCGCUUAAAGAGGAGGAUGCUAUUCAUGCGGCAGAGCUUCAAGCUAGCAUCAGGUGCAGGUGGAGAUGGGCCUGGCUCAAGUUGGAGGCCAAAACAAAAAAGCAAAGAAAUGAGGCAAAUUCCAUUUGAAUCUUAAAUGUCUACAUCAACAUGUACUUGAGCGGUGGAAAUAAAUG